AUGGCGUUGACCUCAGCAGCCGGCUUCGUUGCACUUUUGGAGGACAGCAGAGCGGACGUUAAGGUUAUCCAAAAUUACUUAGUAUUAUCUUCCUAGGCGUUUGCUCUAAAAAGGCUAAAUGACCUUGCAGAUGAAUUUUGGGCCGAAAUAUCGGAGUCCGUUGAUAAAAUAGAGAUAUUGUACGAGGACCACUCUUUCCCCUACAAAAAAUUGGCAGCCCUUCUGGCUUCCAAAGUCUACUACAACCUUGGGGAGUACGAUGACGCCCUACACUUUGCGUUAUGCGCUGAAGAACUUUUUGACCCCAAUGCCCGGUCCGAGUUUGUGAGGACCAUGAUAAGUAUGUUGACACUGUCUUCUUGAUGUCUCCAAUUCAGCCAAAUGUAUUGACAAGUACACUGCCAUUAGGACUGUCGAGCAAAUUGACUUGAAUGCGAAGCUCUCUGCCAAGGAUUUAAAAUUUGCUGGCCGGAAGUGGUCUAAGGGUGAUGGGAGUACCUACUUUCAAUUAGAAGUCGUCGUCAACCGUAUGUUUGAACGUUGUUUCGCCCACAAGCAGUACAAACAGGCUCUUGGCAUUGCCAUUGAGACAAGGAGGUUAGUCAGCAGUCGUAUUACCUUUUAUUAGACUUUUGGUAAGUUCGUUUAUAUCACCCCUUCUGGGGAAUGAAGCUGUCAGCGACAACAGGCAAAUUUAUUACCCAAUUACUUAUGCCAAAACUCUAUUACCACUAUCUUUUCAAGAGGGAGUAGUGUUUGGUCGUUGAGCAAAUAAAGUGGUCGGCGUACAAAACAGAAAUGGUGCCAGUCACCACUCAAUACGCUCGUUCGCUUUCGCACUCGUGCGAGCGACUGAUCUUCGAUGUAGCUGACCUCACUUACUGCUCUGACUGAAAACGCAUAGCUUUCGUCACAUUUAGGCCUAUUUUUUUUUACUUCGGUAUUGAAAAUUUGGCUCCUGUGACACUCAAUGUUAUUAAGCUGAUAUUUUUGUUUCAGCAGCAUAUUGGCGGACGUUAGCCACUUGGUUUUAGAAGUGUGUUUGUCCUUUUUCACUAGCACCUAGUGGAACCAUUAACUGGGCUAUCUCCCGCUAAAAGACUAUGAGCCAGAGUUAGCAACCUUGAUCAGACAUAUCGGAGUACACGAACUUCACGGAACUUGCUUACUAACUGUUUGGAUCUCUGUCAAAUGCUUCCCCGAUUCACUGUAACUCUCACUUGUCUUAUUUCCUUUACUCGCGUCGUUCUGUACAUCAUUUUCUAUCCCUGAGAUGUUCUUCGUCGGGGUAUCAUUUAGUAUUGCGCGUCUAGUUUGUCGUUAAUACAUCCUCUGUAAAGGCCUCUUCAUACAAUCCGUAGGUUAAAUGGAUAGUAAAGUAGUAACUUGACCAAGCGCAUUGACUUUCUAAUUAUGAGUUCCAGCGAAUCAAAGUUUCUGCUGCGGGAUCCUCCUUGUUGGAAGUGAAGGGAAAGUACAUUACCAUUAUUAAAUGUAAAGUUGGGGCGAUCAGUCGCAAUGGAACCAGCUAAUAGCGCGAGUCAGCCAACCAUUACUCUCUAUCCUCAAUGUGGAUGUUGGCGCACCAUUAUAUCCUGUAGUUGGUUGUCUUUCGGCGAUUUCAACCCUCGCAGACAUGCGGAAGGAACUUUAAAGACGUAAUUUCAAAAAAUUGAUGAUUCCAUCAAAGUCCUCUGUCUCCUAAACGGUCCUGCUGACAAGCCGUCCUUGAGUAUUUUUGGUUUCCUUCGUGAGGUCCCGGAGGGGUGAAUGUCGGAUCACUAGGUAGCAUUUUAAAGUAUUCCUUUAUAACAGAAAAGCGGUUUUAGUUGUUGUUCCCCUACUGACUAGGUAGCUAAUUUCUCAAUUCCAUUGUACCCUGGCUCGACCUACUUCCCGUUUACCUUCUAUGAAAUUUCCUAUCUAUAUAAUCAUUUCCAUUUUCAAUGCUCGAAUUCUCUGUGAACUACGGCUCCUUAUCCAUGCAUUUAUCUCACAAAGUACACUGGAAUAUUUUGUCAGAUUCGUUGCUUUGUUUGUUGGGGUGGUAUUUUAAUCUCGGACCUUUUGAGUAACUCAUUCUACAUAAUAUGCUGGAAAGAAUUUUUCUAGAGCAAGUGGUAGUGCAAAUCUUACACAUAUUUGCAUGUUCUCCUUCUCUUCUUUCCACGACUGCGUUCUAGGGAAGACAUAUUUGAGGAGGCAAUCACGCGCGCCGAUGAUCGCGAUGACAUGAUGCGCUAUGCGCUGAAGGUGGUCCUAAAUUUAGUGGACAGCGUGAAGUUCCGCAAGCGUCUGUUGAAUAUUCUUGUUGGUAUCUACAGCCAAAAGCCGUCACCGGCGGAUUCAGUCAAUAUAUGCCAAUGUCUUGUCUUAAUGGACAACCCACAGGUAAGCUGCUUAAACUCUGUCCUUAUUUAACAUAAUUUCCCUACAUUAUUUCUGUAUUUCACCGUCUGUUUGCUUCCUAAAGGACCAAGAUUAACGUUUGCCCAUAGCAUAACCGGCGUUGCCAAGCAGGAGUUUUGCGUCGAAGUGGCUUGUCCAUUUCUCUUCAGUCCCUGUCGUCUGCUUGGCCAAAGUUAUAGUUGAGGAAUCAGGGCCUUCUACCAGCACGAUUGUUCCCCUCUGCGACUUUAUCUUUUUACCAUUGUCCCAGAUCACCUCCCGUUUUCCCCUACUGUUUUUGGAUCACAUUACGUGUUGAUUUUUUACUCCAGUUUGCCCUCUUGAUUUCUCAUCUGUUUUGCAUGAACUUCUUCUUGAUCUGCAUAAUAUCUGACAGUGAAGAUAACUGUCAUUUUCUGACUGAAUUAGACUGUUAACUCCACUGACUCCCUUCGUUACCGUCAUUUGCCGGAAGUAGAUUUUUCAUCAACGACUUGUUUCUAUGCCUUUCUCAAAUAUUCCCCAGUAAAAUUGGGAGAUUGCUCCAAGUACCUCACCUGUGUUGUUUAUGCGGACAUGACGGAUUGAUUUUUUCGUAUUCCUACUCAGCAGGUGAGCCCAUUGUUGUUGGCACGAGGCCCAAACAGACAUCACAGAACCCCACUCGGUGCAAAUCGUACACCUCAUCCGUUUGUGAAUCGCUUCCCUACGUAUCUACUUUUAAAAUACUCAAGGUUUUGUUUGCUUGCUUUGAGCGGGUUGCCUAGUGGCAGCUUAAUAUUCCUGUGCUUUGUUCGCGAACUCGUGUCUCGUAAUCAGAGUGAUUUAUCAUUUAUUCAUUUUCUCAUUUUGCUGUCUCUAGGGCACUGCAGACAUAUUGGAAGCCCUCCUUUUGCGCUCUGAGGAAGCCGCUGUAACAGCAUACCAGAUUGGUUUCGAUCUGUACGAAAAUGCUACUCAGCAGUUCCUCCACCGAGUCACUAUCGCGCUAUCGCGAAGCGCAAAGCUCGGUCGCCUCAUGGAUCCUGUUGACACGGACGCAAAGAAUGCGACAGCAGAGACAAAGACUGAAGCGCAAUUGACCACUUCGGACGAGGGUUCAGCUGCCAAAACCGAGGUUGACAGCAGCAGUGCUGCCGCCGCAGCUCCUGAAGCAGACAAGACCCUCUCUGAUUCUGACAAAAUUACUAAAAAACGCCUAGAACUUCUGAACAGUAUUCUCUCUGGCGACAAGGUUGGUCCUUCAUACCCUGCACCAUGGAAUUGGCUGGUUCAUGCAGUUUUACGGCCUUCAUGGCGCUAGCAAAGUGGAUGAGAUCGUUGAAGUGGUUUUGGCUGACCGCCAAUCGUCCAUUUAUGUUUCACAAAAAGACUUACAUUUACCACUACCUAUGGAGCACUCAAAUCGACUCCUUGGGAUGGUGUCCUGACCCCAACCUACCGCUCCCACCUCGUGUUUUAUCUUUUGCGCUUAUUACUAAGUUUGUUUAAGUUCAACCGUUUGAUACUAGUAGGCCUAUCUGUUUCUACGACUUGGUCACCUUUGAAAACCUCGCUUUCGUAAUCCUGAAUUAUGUAAGUCUGGUUUUGAAAUCACUCUUAUUGUCUCUACGACAGGUGAUUGAACUUCAUCUCCAGUUCCUUAUAAGGAAUAACAAGGCGGAUUUACGCCUACUCGAGCGCAUUAAGGAGCAAGUUCGAAACUCAGUCACACACAAUGCCACCGUGAUUGCCAACAGCCUGAUGCAUUGUGGUACUACGUCGGACCAAUUUCUACGUGACCAUCUCAGCUGGCUGGGAAAAGCUGUGAACUGGGCCAAGUUUACAGCCACGGCUACCUUAGGCGUUAUUCACAAAGGUACGUUUUAUUCCGCUAAAUCAUUGAUAAUUAAACAUCACGCUGACCUGAUCUAAAUCCUGUUCGUCCACCUAAUUCGCAGGUCAUGAGAAGGAGGCCCUUCGCCUGAUGUCGGCCUACCUGCCGAAAGACGCAAGCGGAAGCUCCGGUUCCGUUUACACUGAAGGUGGAGGCCUUUUUGCCCUAGGACUCAUUCACGCUAACCAUGGUGGUACCAUGACCGGUAAGAAAGAGUGACAGAUCGCCCUUUAACUCAUAGCUCUUCUUCCAUGAAACCAUCUAAUUUGACUCUUUUUCGUCACGCCUGAAGAGUACCUCCUCACCCAAUGCAAGGAGGCCGUCGCGGAACCUGUCCGUCAUGGCGCCUGCCUUGGCCUCGGUCUCGCUGCUAUGGGAACAGGCAGAGAAGAUGUCUACGAUCAGAUCAAAUUGAAUCUCUAUCAGGAUGAUGCUGUCACAGGUGGGCCGUUAUUGCACUAUUUUCCCCAUAACACUGACGGCUACACGUGUAGAGACGGAAUGCAGGGAGGAAUGUGCACUUCUAGUCUUGUUAACUCAAACUAGACCGCAGGCCAGUCAAUGAUAUCCCAAUCCCCCAGUGCAGCUACUGCAUCCGUUUCCGGAAACACCGUACACACGAUGGACAUCUUUCUUUGAACGGAAGAGAAUGUCUUCCGGCGGACCGGUUUGAACCGUUCACGUCUUUUAGUAGGUAGGGAUGAUUCAGAGGAGAGGCUGGUAAUCUUAGCCGUUCCACGCUCUCGUCCAAUCCUUCACUGUUGAGAUGACUAGUAAGAUGUGUUGAAAAAACGGCCGAUCUGCUAACUGGUGCAUGAUCCCUGUUAGUAGUAAAGACCUCCAACAAGUCAUAUUGUAGUACGUUGCAAUGCAUAUACGCCACUUUCCUUGUCCCGCUGUCAUACCUGAAGGUUUCUAGGAUUCUAUGAAAGGUAACAUGUGCCCUUUUUAAAUCCCUGUUCUUCCAUACCAAGCACUUUAUUUAUCAUCUAAACUUGCCCAUCUGUCCUUCUCGCAGGUGAGGCUGCCGGUCUGGCUAUGGGCCUAGUCAUGCUGGGCACUGGCUCAUCUGUCGCUGUGGAGGACCUUCUGGGCUAUGCGAAGGAGACUUCACACGAGAAAAUCAUCCGAGGCAUAGCCCUUGGCAUCGCACUCGUCAUGUACGGCCGCCAGGAGGAGGCAGACUCCCUUAUCGCCAAUCUUUCGCAGGUAACCCAAACCAGUCUCAACGCUCCAUGAAAGGCAACAUUUAAUAUGGGAAUCAGUUUUCUACUUACUUGCCCCCUAAACAUGUGAUGCUCCCCCUUUUCUUUCCCUGCCCGUAGGUGUUCUGUUUUAAAAAUGGUUCAUAGCGGGUUUGUGACUCAUCAGAUAUCUGCCUCUUCAUGACAUUAGUUCAAAUUAUCGUUGUGAAUUUUACUGCAUCGCUACUUUGCUCUGGUUGCAUUGUCCAGCUGAAAACCUAUCGCACUUUUAAAAACGUGAACGGGACGCCUUCUAAAAUCCGACUGACUUUAUGCUUCCCACAGGAUCUACCACGUGCAGGAUUACAGCCUUCAGUGGUCUGACCUAGGUAGAAGACGGAAUACGGGCGCUCUGUUCUGCCUGAGUAUUCCGGCAAAUAACAAUACCCUUAUUUCGUCUUUUGACCGGGCCGGUUUGGUGAUUAUCAGCCUCACGUCACUUUGAAUAUUUUCUGCCGAAGCAGACAAGUUUUUACCCAAUCCCCGCCCCUUCACCCGACUCCACGGUAAAGCUCUAAAGUCAGUGAGUAAUUGGCUCCUAUUUAAAUCUAAAGUCUGGGUCUAGUAUAACCAACUACUAACGACAAGCAAACGAAAAAUGACCUUCAACGUUUUCCUUGCCCUUGUCGAUGUUACAGCCUGGCACACAGUCGGUUUACAGGCAAUUAGCACAUGUGACCCUGUAGUUCACGUCCAAGAGUUGGUCUGCACGCGAAACAUCGUUGUUUGGCUCAACCCGCCAAACGACUACCCUUAUCCAUCUCAUGUUAGACUUGAUUAGGUGAGCCGUCAACUGAAGAUUUAAGAAACUUAAACAGCAGUCUGUCUUGCUACAGUGUUAUACAUGACGCCCAGUCUCAGGUACUGGCUCACUUGUUAUCGGCAGCAUUUUCCUCUACCGCAUACCGUCUGUACUCCAAUUCGCAACUUUUAGCAAGACUUGUUUUCCUUUGCGCUCCACAACUCUCCCUCCGAUAUCCUGAAGAAAUUAGUGCGUCGACAGCACUUCUGUUUGGUACGAAUGCUCAUUCCUGGUCUAGCCGGCCCCGAUAUCUUGAUUUGUACCUAUACGCCCGACGAUCGGCGGCUGCGGAUUUGGACAGUUUAACCCAUUCGCUUCUCCAACGACGGAGACCGGAUAUCGAAGGUUCAAUAACCACUUCAGUGUCUUCAUAAGACGACGAGCGUGCCCAAAGCACUUCAGUUACCUUUCGUAUAUGACCGGCGAUAUCUUCACGAUGUCGUCGCAGCGAGUGCAGACCGUCUCAUUUGAGACUAAGUCGGUGUACUUCACUGGAAGGAGGAAUGUCAAGCAGCGGUGGCCAGAUACCUCUAGUUUUUGCUCACCUUCCACGCAUACAGGCCAGUAUUCACGAACAUAGAAAAGGACUGGCCGGACAAAUUCACGACGUACGCGAGUCUUCGUGCCGAUGGAAGUGUACCGUGGGUUCCAAAGGCACUCCCUGAGGAUUGGGAAAGCUCGACAAGCAGCAUCGAUUCAGGAGACAAUGUCGUCCGUAUGCUGCCCAUUCGAUAGCAGCCCCACCGUGAGGUAUUCGAAAUCUUCCACUUCGUCAAGUUAACAGCGAUUUAUCUCGAGGAGUGUCUUCUGGACAUGUAUGCAGCACGAAAACACUGAUCUUACCAGCGUUUGUGGAUAAUCCGGCGGAUUUAGAGACUUCAUUUACCAAUGACACCAUAGACUGUUUAUCACCAGAGCUUGGAAUUAGAAAGGCGAUAACGUCAGCGUAUUCGAGAUCAGUCAGUCGAUAUCCUCGUGCAAGCGCAAUACCGUUAAUUUCGCGUAGAGCCUUCCCUAGAAUCCAGUCAAUGGUGUAAUUGACCAGAAUGGGCGACAGGACACAACCUUUUCGAACACCAGCCUGAAUAUCAGACGGUCCUGAGAGAUUACUAUGGAUCAGAACUCGCGCAGUAGUGGAGCGGCAGUAGGUCCUGAUCAUAGCUCUGAUUUUUGCCGGUACACAGUCUAGUGACAUUACCCACUACGGAGACGCACGGUGAACGGGAUCGAACACAGCGGCAAAGUUAAUAAAGCAGACGGUCGCGAUUGUCGGUAGCUAUGACAAAAUUUAAAAAUGCGCCUCAGGAUGAAUAUGCAGUUCGCACGUCCACGCCCAGCUCGGAGUCCGGCUUGAUCUGGCCUCGUCCUAGAAUCAUGCGCAGUCUGGAACCGUCUAAGAAAGACAACAGCGACGAUCUUCGUAGCAACAUCAAUGAGGCUUAUGCAGCGGUAGUUCUCGUAAUUUGUCCCUUCUUAAAGACAGGCACAUGGAUGCUCGAGCCUCAGUCACCAGGACCGAACUUAUCUCACCACGCUCGUUCAAUCUCAUCAUCAUGCCAGGGCGCCAGAGUGCUGACACAAGAUUUGUAGAUUUCAGCAGGAGUACCGUCCUCUCCGUGUGCCUUGUUGCACAACAUUGGUAUCACAUCGGCGAUUUCUUUUUCAGAAGGGAGUCGCAGAACAUUGCAUAGGUUAGGGAGGGGUAAAACUCCAGUGCACAGAACAGCCAGGAUGUGAUGUGCUGGUCAUCGAAAUGGAGAAGAUGCCCGAAGUGCUCACGCCAGCAAUCGAUCUUAGUCGAGUUGUCAAGAAUAAUGUCGCCAUUCACAUCGCGAACGGAAUCCCUUAGUGCAUAGGGUUAAUCACUAGUUUGGCGGAUUAGUUAGUAGAGUUUUCGAGUGUCGCUAACGUUCGAAGCCUGUUCCAAAGGGGUCGCUAUUUCGACGCAAUAUUUCUUCCGAUAAUCCCUGGCUGACUUUGCCUUCAUCUUCCGGAAUUGGCGGAAGGAAUCGUCAUUACUAGACCAGUUUCAGGCCGUCUGAGCAGACAACUGCAAAGUUCUUCCGCAGACUGCAGCGUCGCAGGGUGUAUCCAAGAAUUUUCUCGGGUGUUCCAUAGACUGAUGACUUCAAUGACAAUCACUGAGCAGUCUUCUCCGCCGGCUCGGGUCGUAAAACGCGACUGGAUAUCUCUUCUCAGAGCCUUGACGGUACUGGGUUAUCGAAGUUCUGCGACAUAAAGGCCUCUUCCAUCUGACACUUUAGAUGCGAAUUAGAGGUAGACUUUUAGGCGUGUGCGGACGAGAACAAAGCCUGACUCGUGGGCGUCACCAGUUUUGGCACUACUGCUAUCGUAAAACCAGCUGCGAAACCCAUUUUGAUCCAACUGUAAAAAAUCGAUACCGCGGUCGGAUUCGAACCCACGACAACAAGGGAAGGCGUUAACACAGCCAACUCUCUAGCCACCUGAGCUACGAGGCCCCACCUGACGACGCGAUUUUAAUUACAUUUGGGCCAAGUUUACCCACCCAACCUACUGCAACGUCUGGAUCAACCAAAUCUGAUAAAAUUCACCGAAAUGUAAUUGAACUCGCGUCGUCCGGUGGGGCCUCGUAGCUCAGGUGGCUAGAGCGUUGACUGUGCUAAAGCCUUCUCCUUGCUGUCGUGGGUUCGAAUCCCACCGAGGCACCUAUUUUCACCGUUGGGUCAAAAUGAUUUAUUUGAAGUCUGCCAUAACACCUACGAAAUCUUAAACUGACUAAAAUGUAGCCAAUCUGACCGGCCGUAUGACUGUUAUUUGACCAGCAGGUCAGCAGAUGCUCGUGAAAGCGCCGGGAUUAUUUGUUGGUAACAAAUAAUCAGUUCUGAUCAGCAAAGCUCGGCAAUCUCCUACCAUCGUCGCUCUGAUAGUCAAGUAUGAAGCGACCUGUAAGAUGACUGUUUGAAGAGUCGCCAGGUUCACUGUGGCCUUUCCACUUCCCGACAACAAUCAGCAAAUCACAGCAAGGAAGUCUUUCAGGUCACUAGUGUCUACGAGUCAAAAGGCCUCUCUGUUGGGCUGGUCGCAGCUAAUGUUGGUGCGCACACGGGGAGUAACUCAUUAGGUCAUUGACCGGUUUCCACUCCAGUAAUGCACGGUUCGUUUGCUGCGAGGAAGCCAUCGUAAUACCGUGCCUGCCAGAACAGUCGCGUGGACUGCUGUAGUAUAGGGCGAAGUGUGAGUUGACACCCGGGGUCUUUAUUUCUCGAGAACCUUAGUCGGGAAUUCCGAUUUCAGACAGGCAGCAGACCGCCCCAUCGUACUGACAAAGACUGCGCGCCAUCAGACCAGGGCCCAGGCACGUUCGUACAUUCUGACGCUCAGCCCCAAUCGAGCAGCCUGGCCUGCAUGCUAUUCGUCUGCACCAGUGGACCAGGAUUGCAGAGCCUGUCGGUUCUCGCGUACGCCAUAGCUUUGGUCUUAACUCUUGCAUCGGACAUUUUAACGAGGUUUCUCAGGGAUUUUGAGUAUAGGCAGGCCCCCAACAACCGCCAGGCCUCUUUGUUUGAGGUUGUCUUCUCUAGCGUUUUGGCUCAAGAACCUAACCACAAGGCGCCGGCGACUACCAAAUUUACUCAAUGACGGUUUCGGUCACCAUGUCACAGCGCUGUUUUCGGGCUUUGCGGCAUUUUUGUAAGGCUUUACCGUGCCAGACCUCAGCCCUCCGCGCCCUGGUGGCAUUGUCGCUGCUGGUCCACGGCUGCUUACUCGUCAGACACGAGAGCCUGCGUAUUUCGCAGCUAACUUUCAUUGAAGGCCGUUUCGCUGUCGGCUGCCUGUGGAUGCUCCGUGUAGUCAGCCGCUAGGCCAACAGGUUACCCGUCCUCCCGAUGCGUCGACAGGGCAGGCUGCCUGAGCCGCAGUGUUUCAAGUCGAAAACUCAGAUGGACGUCUCCGUUUCGAACUGUCUGCUAAUUUGAUGCUAUGCUUGCAUCACGGCCGUUGCAAGACCGUCUAACCUUUUGUCUUUAUUGCUUCUUUCGUCUUUUUUCUCCAAAGGACACAGACCCUAUUCUGCGUUGGUGUGGGAUGGCUACGAUUGCUAUGGCAUACUGUGGGACAAACAGCAACGUUGCCGUCAAGAGGCUGUUGCAUGCUGCCGUCAGUGACAAUAACGACGAUGUCCGUCGAUGGGCCUUGACUGCACUUGGCUUUGUAAUGUUCAAGUAAGCGCCUUUCCUGUUCAUUUUUGCAAUCUGACCUCCUCUGACGGUUCCAACCUAACAUUCGGUCUUUGCUAUCUGCAGAGAUUGUGAACAAGUGCCCUCGUUGGUAUCUCUCCUGGCCGAGUCCUAUCAUCCACACUUGCGCUACGGUGCUGCUAUGGCUGUGGGUAUUGCCUGCGCCGGCACGGCCAACAAGGAGGCCAUUAGUCUGCUGGAUAACCUCCUCGAUGGGACCGUGCACUUUGUCCGCCAGGGUGCCCUAGUCGCCCAGGCGAUGAUUCUUAUGCAGCAGAAUGCUGUCACCUGUCCCAAGGUAGUCUCUACUUUUUCCUUGCCAAUAUUGCUGGUCCGAGAGCUGAAUUGCUGCUGGAAGCAUGCGACGCCACACAAAACAUACUCAGUGGGGCUUCUUUUCACUCGAUCUUCCGUUCCCAUCAAGCGUUUUAAGUCGUAGUUUUUGUGCGUCCACGACAAUUUCCCCAAAGUGUUUGUCGGCCUGUUUGUACUUUUUCAAUGUUCACGAUGUAGGGCUUACAUCCGCCUGGCUGCAUGAUGGAAGGUUUUUUCUCUGAAGCCCGUUCAGGUGGUAGCGUGUUGACAAACAAUCAGCGAUCAAAAUUGACGCGUCUGCGUAAACAGGGAGCAUCAUUUCUGGCCUAUUUGUUCCGUAAUUCCUUUAUAUUCCGACCCCUGAUCUAGACAUUGGAAUUGUGCGCUCGCCAGGGGACGCCGACGCUAACGCUGUAUCGCCGAAGUAUGACCUCACUUUGUCGGCUGCGAUCGUAAAUUUCGGCUUUUUGUGAAACUCACUCACCUGUUUGUCCUGAGUGUGAAAUGGACCGCGAACCACCUCAAGCUUAGGCCUUUGAGAGGCUGGUCUGUGGAUAAGUACUCGUUACUCGGUGGAAAUCACAACCAUGCCUGCUGCUAACCAACAAGGCGAAACACUUUUCUGCUAUUCGUUCCCACUACAGGGCCUGAGCACAUUAAGCGGUUUUCAACGGUUUCGUCUUGCUUAUGCACCAAGGAAUUGGUAUGACUCGUGGAAAAGCCGACGAAGAGGACUCCUUCUUUAUGAUUAACAAUCACUAGUUUACUUUUCGCUCCACCAGACCUGGCUGUCGAUAUUCCAAUUUUAUUUUCAUAGCGCAGGGCCAAAGGACGCUCGACUACUGCGUAGUCACAUUUCAUCAGGCGUGACAAGGCAUAGGUUAAAUCAUAUCUGGGGCACUUUGGUCGUGUUUGCAGCCUGAAGUUGAUAUAACCAAAUCUUUGAGAAAACAUCUGCGUCGAUCAGUAUAUUUGGGAAAUUCUGCUGCUGGCUAGGGAUAGUAUAUGGCGAACCGAUCACUGCUAAGUUUUUCAUUUUGGUUUUUAAAAAUUUUUAGUCUGUUGAAUUCCGUGAACGGUGCCUCAAAAUCAUUUCGGAUCGCCAUGAAGACCUAGUAGCCAAGUUUGGCGCCAUUCUGGCCUGCGGCAUCCUUGAUGCCGGUGGCUGCAAUAUGACCAUCUCCCUCCAGACUCGGACUGGUAAUGCGAACAUGGCUGCAGCAGUGGGGUUGCUUGUCUUCCAAAAUUUCUGGUUCUGGUACCCACUGACCAAUUUCAUCAGUCUGGCCUUCUCACCCACGUGUGUUAUCGCCCUGAAUAAGGAACUCCAGAUGCCGAAAAUGAACUUUAAGUCCAACGCCAAACCCUCCACAUUCGCAUAUCCGCCACCUCUGCGUAAGUUGUCUGUCCUUCCCCGAAACUAAUGAUGCCUGGCAGUACAAAUCACUGCAUUUCAUUGGCUCGUACCUCUUUUUGUUGGUCUUAACCGCCAACUGGACUGCUUUUGAUCGUCAGUUGCUACUUUUGACCGGCUCUUGUUGCCGAUUCACCGGCUGCAUUCUACAUACGGGGAGGUAGUAGUUGUGUACAGCACAUAUCCUAUUCGUCUAUAUCAAGGUGUUUAUCAGCUCUUACCACUAUGGUGGCUUUGAACCAGGUGGGCUUAGAUAUUUCCAGAAUGUGGCAGUCGUGAAUAUGCAUGGGAAUUGGCUAAGGAUACCACAGUCUCGUCCGACCUCUUGGUGGACCCCUAACUCACCCCUUAGGGGAUUGCCGCGGGGGAAGCCUUCUCGAAUGGCGAGCAACGUUUUCCAUGUCAUAGUAUAGCUUUGGCUCGUGACCUUUUGCUGAGUUACCGAUUUACCAAAUCGGUGCUAAUCUACGCCUCAAAGGUAUUGCUGCUGUACGGUUGGUGACUGCCCCUUCCUCAGACAUAGAAGCCCGCUUAUUUCGCGGAAGGCCUUCUACUGUGGCCUUUCCAGCACCCAAUAGAAAGACCUUUGUAAGCGGCAAGGUCCACCAGUGUGCCCACCUCUCGGGCUCAACGGUUACUCGCAAUUAAAUUUGCUUGUAUUGAAGCAGAUCUUUACGUUGCGUCCACCUCAUUCUCUUUUCACGUUCAUUCCGUCAUAACGACGAAACAAUUUGGAGGCGACCGAUCCUGCAAUGGCUGCUGUGACCGACGAUACUUAGCAACCCAAGGUCACGUCUAUUAGCCCGCCAUGAUGGUUUCCAAGUGUCUUUGAUCGUUUGUAGUGAGGAACAGUGUGUCAAAUCCGAGUAGGAUCGACCGCACUCACCCUUCCCUCUCCCAGACGCGCUAUUUAUCCGAGCUAAACUGACUGUGGACAUACGUGAGAGCCCACACCUGGGCCAACAGACAGACCCCAUCUUGGACUACUAAUAAAAGCAAUUUAAAUCUUAGACUUUUGAUCACUGAGAUACCUGUUAGAUCGUCCCAUGACAAUAGCGUUUUGCGGUCAGUGAAUUGUUCGAAGGCGUCGUCUGAUGUCUCGUACUAGGAAAUCUAUUUCCUGCAGGAGAUUGAUAAAAUGUCUGAGUACGUAUUAAUGAGAGAAUGUGGGUUUUGGGGAAUAUGUCAGUAGGGACAGUCGUAAGCCAAUUUCUCCACCCUGGAACGUCAUUUAUGAAAUCUAUGGUCGAGUGCUGUCAUGGAUCUCUUCGAGUAGUUAGUGGUGACUUUGUAGCUAAUCUUCUCUCGAUGGAAAUCUGAACUACAUAAUAAUUCACGUCAUAAACUUGGGAAGAUAAGCAUUCCCCAAGCUAUCGAAGCUCCAAACAACAACAGCAGUCGCGGCUUAUUUCGCACAUCCCUACACUUUAUGUACCAUCAGCCGACGGACUCGGUAGUGUGGUCUAUGAGCACCGUUCGUGGGUGCGUACGGUUCGGAAACUGGCUGAUUACCCUUGUACAGUCGCCCCUAGGCAAGGCUCACCGUUCUAUACGAGGCAAGUACCCUGCAUUUUAUGGGCUCAAACCUUGGUUCGACGUGCUUUCUUUGCAUUUCGGCCGAGCUGGAUAGCUCAUUUUUGUCUCUCUCGCCUAGAAAUUGAAAAGGAAAAGAAGAAGGAGAAGGUAGAAACUGCCGUGUUGAGUAUUACGGCUAAACACCGCAAAAAGGAGCUUGAGAAGAAGAAGCCUCAACCUGCUGCCUCAGCAGCCCCAGCGGCUGACGGUGCCGAAAAGAUGGACGUGUAAGUCUGUGUAAACCGAGGCUUUGUACUUGCCUCACACUAUUUCAUUUAGCGUAUGUACUCGCUGAGUUUGCUGUUUAAGUUGCAUUUUGAAGAUAGAUAAGCGUAGUUUAUGCGGUUUAAGGGAGAUGAAUAGUAGUUCGACCCUCCUGUUCAUUCAUCACCACUUGUACUGCCAUGAAAUUUCCUUUUCCACUGCCGAUACUCAAUGAAGUCCCAAACAGAACUCUGUGUCCCGGCUGUUUUUCCUGCUUCAAGUUCCACCGAAAGUCUUUGUUAGACUAGUCUGCGUCCUAAUUAUGUUGAAGAAUAAAGCCGCAAUCGGUGUUUGAUGAGGUUUUACGGCCAACUAUAGAAGGUUAAGAAGGACCGACGCAUUACAAGUUUUAUAGCGUUAUGAAGGCCUCUUUUGUUGCUCUAAUGGACUGUUUGGGCCUUGCUCCCUUUCAGCGAUGCCUCCGAUUCCUCGGAAACUACCAAAGUUACCAAGGAAGAGCCAAAAGUAGGUUUUGUGAAGUACAUCUACAUUUUUUUGAUUUAGUUGUUGGCUUGUAGUUGUUCUUCUGAAACCCGACGGUCUUUGGUGUUGACCAUGCGAAUUUGGUUUUACCCCUUUACAGGAACCGUCGUUUGUCCUUCUCGCAAAUCCUGCCCGUGUCAUGCGCGCCCAGCAACGCGUUCUCACCCUGCCAGAGGACAGUCGUUAUUACACCAUCAAACCGAUCACGCAGGUUGUUUAUAUGCCAAAUCAUACUGCUUUCUCAUCCGCUUUCAACCAGCUUCUGGUUGUGUAAACUGAAGUACUCUUGCAGUGCGUCCCUCGUGUCUCUAAACCAUCAUUUAUGGCUUUGAGGAAAUGCCUGGUCAGCGACUGAUCUCGCUUAUGGCCGAUUUGAGUCCGUCGUGAUACUAAUGCACGAUGAGGGAAAAACAAGUAGACUGGUUUUGUAAGUUCAGCGAAUAUUCCCACGUUACAAUUGAAAAGUCAGUUUGGCGAACACAUGUUUUCGGUAACUCUUCAUCAGGCCAAAACGGUUACAAAGAAGUUUAAAUUAUGCGAAGUUACAGGGCUUAUAAGGGAUUCAGGGACUAUUAACACCCAUCGUUCCCACGCCACUUGCAUGACGAGGCGUGCUAUGGCGUGGUCGGCGUGUCGUGGUCAUUGGGUCAAAGGGGAAAGGGAGAGGGGGGACAUAGGCUGAGUCAUGUUUGUAUGUCGUGUACGUUGUGCAUACACCAUUGCCAUCAGGAGGUUGGGGUCGGCGUUGGCCACGGAAGACAGAGCGCCUGUGUCAGAGUCAUUUGACAGCAUAGCACUGGAUUGGCUAGCCGUAUAGCCACUGCCUCAUCUGUAGGUAGCACCCGUUGGCGUAGGCCGCCGGAGAAGUUUGCUGGUGUCCGGUAGACAAUCUGAAAGGCUUCUUGGGCAUCGACUCCGUGAUUCGUAUCGACAAGAUGUGCGAGAAUGGAACUCGAGAUCGACUGAUUUUGCUUGGUUAUUUAUUCGCCGUAAUACAUAUGACAUGUUUUGGGCUGUCAGGACCGCACAAAAGUCGUGUUUUUGACGGUUACCAACUUACGGACUAAAUUUGUUUUCGGGACUGAAAGUUGGGUCGCAAUCGCAUCCCGCUGUUAAUUCCUGACAACUCGUGUCUCUGCAUGGACCAUUGCAUGUAUAAACAGUCACAAACUCCAGGGCAGUCACUGUCCAUAGGCCUGUUUUUUUUUUAGCUUCGAUUGCCUGUAAUGUGUACAGGAAAUUGUUAAAUGUUGACUGCAAUUUUGGGCGUGCGUCCAGAUUGGAAUGGCACGGAAUAUCAUACCACCGCGUGCCACACGCAGCGCCGAUGACUUGGGCAUGAACUAGCCUAUAGUGGGCCGACUUAUGCGGCAUCUAACACCUGUUCUCCUGCACCCACCUGGCUCCGGUGAAAAGGUUGUCAGGCCGACUAGAGGUAGACGUGGACGAAAUUGAUGGUAGAACGAAGCUGCCCAUCUGCACGUGCCACACACACUACCUGGUGAUCUGCGCUGCCUGUGCCAGACUGCCGUAAGGGCGGCUCGGAUCUCACACAGGUGGAGGCGCCAUAAAGGGCACAUUAAGGAGGGGGUCACCGCAGCCCGAGUGUCAGUCCUAAGGAGAGCUGAGUUAUCCUGUCAGUUGGUAAUCUUCAAGGCAUGCAACUGCGGCGCAGCUCGCCGUGGGCGCUACGUUCCACCCGUCCUUCAUAUUUUUGUAAAUUCAGUCACGUUUCCUAGAAAGGUUGUGCCAAAACCUCGUCUCUCAUACUCACCACGUAUGAACUUGCGCCAGAUGUGCUUUAGAAGAUAAACGUUGCAGUUCCGGAACAGUUUGUAGCUAUAGCGGGGUGUAGGCAUUAUGGGAGUUAAAAGUUUCUGCGAAUUUGGAAACAGCCUGCGUAUUGUCGUGUUUUCAAUGUUUUCGGACUGCCCAACACUCAAACUUUCUGCUCACCAAAGACUACACUCGACACGGGGCAGUGUAUGCACUCCAUAAGUAGCGGAUAUUAAACCACACGAAUAACAGCACACUUUUCAAACCAAAUACCUCAUUUCUGCAAAUGCCUUCCUACAAACUGAGCAUAACAGACGAACGUGUGCACCUUUUCCGUGCAAAACAAUGGGCUCUGUUUAAGUUGUGAUUCUUACGUGAAUACGAUUGAUGCUGGUUGUUGGAAAUAUCCACAAACGAAAGCCAAUAAUCUUUGCAUGCAUAUGUGAAUUUAUGAAUGUAAUCCAUACAAAUCGGUGUUACGGCCUUAUUUAAGUAAUAUUUCCGAUCAUACUAUCUGUUUUGAUAUCUCACUUUACGUGUUAUGAGUUUCGACGUCCACUUAUCUUUCCAGUGAAACACUGUGGGGUGGCAAAAACCAUAGUGGAAUCGAUCUUUUGCGAGUCCUUAUCUAAUCCAACCUGCACUCAAGAUACCGUUGUUUACCCGGCCUGGAGUCGGUCCUCGUUGAGAUUCCCUAAUGACAUUUAGCAUUGUACUGCGUUCAGUAUGUCAUAAUUGUAGGCAAAUUGGAAUCGAAUACGAUUCGAACGGCAAGAGGCGGCGAAAAACUACGGUACCUAGUUUCUGUUGCCGGCCGCAGUUCGACGAUAUCGACGAUGCACCUCGCAUUUGACGAUAGGUCUCUUAAUCUACUCUUCAGGGAGGCAUUUUGCUCGUCCACGACCGGAAGCCUAAUGAGGAGGAAGUACUGGUUGAGGAGGUACAACCUCAUGGUCCUACUACUGGUCUCUCGGGCAAGAAUGCCGCUGGAGGCACAAAGGCCAGUGGUUCCGGUGGUGCUGCAGCCACGGCCGCCGAGGAGGAGGAGGAAGCUGGCCUUCCCAUUCACGCCUCCACUGUCGGCGCUUUGAUGGACGAUGAUGAGGGUGAUGACGACGAUGCGUCCAUCAGCGACGCUGAGGACGAUGAUGUUGAUGAAGAGGAUGAGGAAGAGGCCGACGACGAAGUGGAUGAGGAUGUGGACGAUGACGACGACUACGGACCUGCAGUCGCUGAUGAUGAUGACUUCGCCACUACCCUCUCAACCAUGGCCGCUCAUUCGGCAGCAGCUGGGGGGAAACGCGGCACUGGUCGUUCUGGUGCAGGCGGGCGCAAGGGCACUUCUGAGAAGGCCCACGAACCAGGCCCACCGGAACCCUUCUUAUGGACUGAAGAUGAUGAUACCGGUGUGAAUGCUGAGGCCACAACUGCAGGCGCUUCAGCGACAGGUGAGACAGGCCUUUUGUUGCAUAAACCCUCCCUCAGUUUGAAUCCGUGUUAGUUGGGUCUCGUUACUCAUUGGUAGGGCUCAAAGUAUCAGUCAACAGACAUUGUUAACCUAACUGAUUUAGAGAAAAAUAAAUCAAGUCUUUUAACACCGAAUAGCUUUAUUGUUUCUUAGGCACAUAUUUGUUACUAAUUACAAAGCCACACUACGCGAGUCCGGGAAGGGACUAUCGCAACUCCCACCUGAAUGGGAGAAGGAAGUAGAAGCCAAGCAGUGGGUGUAAUAAUGUCUGUAAAGCUUUUUUCUGUAGCGUAAUAGAGAUCUCUGACCUCUGAAGGCAGAUUUCAGUUACCCAACUGGAUCAGAGUCUUGACUCUUCAUGGGUCGUCGGUUCGGCCAUGUUUAUGAAGAGUAUCUUUGUAUCCUUUCUGUAAACUUUAUAUGGUUUUAUUAGCUUGAUUCUGACUUCCGGUAUUGCCUUAGGUAGAUGUCGUCGCUUCCCCUACUUUAUUUUCACUACACUCAGUUGUCAUGCCGGUUUUACCGACUGUAUCUGUUCGAGUCGUUCGUCUGCAGUAAAGCGGGUAAAGCGGGAUUUGUUUGAAUGUGUCUGACACUGUGAAGAUGGCGAGUUGUCUGGAUAGUGUCUAUGGUAGUGAACCUGUUGAUACUUCUCAAAAUCAUUACAUUUUGGUUUUCGCAAGUGGAUACCUAGUCCGGUGGCGUCAUCACGACUGCAUACGCAUCUGGCCGUCAAACCGUUACGUUGUUUCCUAACUUCCCAUUCAACGAUAGGUACAACUAACACCACGACCACGGUGACCGCUUCGUCCAGCACUGGGCAGACCACCACUACCACAGCUACAGCUAGUGCCUCAAAACCAGUUGAGGCGGCUGCUAAGCCCGAGCCUAUGGACACAGAACGCUCCGAGAACAAUGCCGAAUCGGCUCUCUCAUCACACGCACCGGCUGCAGCCUCCUCCGAUGUGGACGAAAUGAUUGCCGAGGAGGAGGGCAAAGCCAACUCCGAGAAGCCAGAUAAAAAGAACUAG